CUUCUCAUCUUCAUUGGUGCAUUAUGGAAUUAUGUGCUUGCGAUUGCCUUUCUAUUCAAAGAAAAUCAUGAGUUCCACAUCUAACAAGUUGAGCCAGAGCAACAGGCUUCUUGCUGAAAAACCAGUAACUGAGGCUAAUAAUAUUCAAAAAGUCUUGAAGAUUAAUGGAAACACAAUUUCUUUGAAGAACUAUGUACUUUCCUCUGAAGAACUGAACAAGCUUAUUUCUGAGAUACAUAAUGCUCUAAAUGAUCACAAUCACGUUAUUGAUGAUGAUGACAAGCUACGGUUAGUUAUAAACACAAUCAUGAAGCACUGUUUUGAAUUAUUGGAGAGAAAAACACGUUCUGCAAAUGUAGAUUCUGCAACAUGUGAACGCAAUCUAUGGUGGAUUGGAGGCUUUCGUCCUUCUCAACUUCUUCAGGUCAUUCUGCCUCAGCUGAAACAUAUGUGCACUCAACAACAACUUUAUGAUAUUUAUAAUCUUGGACAAUCAUGUCAACAAGCUGAAUAUGCUCUUGCACAAGGCAUGAUAGAACUCCAGCAAAUCAUUGAUAAAGCAACAUCAGCAGGUGACAAAGAGUAUCAACAAAUGUAUGUACCUCAACACCUAAGCUUCUUCAAAGAGGCUGAUAAUCUUCGCCGGCAAUUCUUGCAUCAAUUUUCUCGUCUCUUUACAAUUUCUCAGCAAGCUGAGCUCAUAGUUACUCUGAAGGAACAGCUGCAUAAUCCGCAGCCCCGGAGCUCACUUUGAGAAUUCUCAAGAGUCAAGACAAAUGAUAUGAUACUAUAUAAUAGAAUAUAGAUCAAAUAAACUUCAUUUGCUUCCAAUUAAUUUGGUGUCAAUGUGUGUCAUUUAAUUUGGUUUUGUUAUUAAGUCAUUUAAUUUGCUUAGAUGUAUUUGCAAUGAAAAAUGUUAGUAACACUCUGUAAGAAAGUCUUUUCUAUGCACUCUAUUUCGUUUCACAGAAUCCACAUAAUUUAGUAUAUUGAGAAAAUAUACUAGAGUGUACUAUGUUGCUUACUCCCUCCAUGCUUGUAAUUUAUGCCCAUAUUGAGGUUUAAUGUAGUGACAAUGAGCAUGUCAUUUUGUUUU